AUGGAGAACAAAUCCAUAGAGGCUUGGCUGGCGGAAACUGAAGACAUCCCAUCUGACCCUGAAUCAGAGGACGACGAAGAUCAAGUAUACCCGGAUGUUGCUGAAGGAAUAUACACAGUUGCAGAAAAUGGAAUCUUAGAGGUAGAUUAUUUGGACCUAGCCCAAACAGCUGAAGGUAAUGAAAUCCCGAUUUUAAUUAUUAAUGAAAAUGACUUUCAAGAUAAUCAUAGUGCAGAGGGGGUAGAGCCUGGCAUUCCCGAAGGUAAUGCAGUCUUGGACGUUCAAAAUCAGCCUAUGGACGUUCAAUUUGAUGAGGACUCUGAGCCUUUGGCUAACAGACUUUACAAAGAUAGUGUUACGUGGUAUCAAAAGUACUACUCACCCAAUAAGUCGUAUGAUUUCAAUGAACGCACAGGUCCCCUAAUUGACGCUUCAACCCCAGUUGAUGUGUUUUCAGCUCUUUUUCCCGACGAUCUAGUUGACAAACUUGUGUUUGAAACCAAUGUUUACGCUACCCAAAUAGGUGGGGGCGUUAUCAGAUUUCCAACAACAAGGAAAGAAAUGAAAGUGUUUCUAGGCCUAAAUAUCCUAAUGGGAAUAAAAAAACUUCCCUCCUACCGUGAUUACUGGUCUUCAGAGGCAGAUUUGAGAGAUGACUACAUAUCUUCAUACAUGUCUGUGAACAGAUUUGGCUGGCUUUUAACAAAUUUACAUAUAAACAAUAAUAAUGACAUGCCCGAACGAGAUUCUCCUAAUUAUGACAAACUAUAUAAGAUCAGGCCUCUCCUAAACAAGCUUCAAGAAACCUACAAAGCAUGCUAUGCUCCAUCUCGAUUUCAAUCAAUUGAUGAGAGCAUGAUUCCAUUCAAAGGUCGGAGUGGAAUCAAGCAAUAUAUGCCAGAUAAGCCAACCAAGCGUGGGUACAAAGUUUGGGUGAGGGCUGAUGAAAAAGGCUUUAUCAGCCAAUUUCAAAUCUACGAAGCUGACCUACCCGACUUAAGGAACAGGAUUAAAGCAGCUGUCACAACAAUCACUCCAGACACAUUGAUCAAAGUUUGGGAAGAACUGGGCUAUCGACUUGAUGUGUGCUGUGUGACGAAUGGAGCUCACGUUGAACACCUGUAA